AUGUUUGAAACCUUGACAUCAAGAGGCGGCCCCAGCACCCCCUUUCUCUGCCCCUCGCCCCCUAUCCGUGGCCAUGGACCCGGCGUACCCGGCCUGCCCUGGCCCAGCUCAGCACCUGAUUUCGACAAGGUGACCAUUCUGACUGUUAGAGUGAGUGUGCCAGCCUGGCUGCGGGGGCAGAGACAGGACCUGAUAUCAGAGGCCAUGGACCAGCCGGCUGGGAGUCCUGAAAACCCGAGGCCAGGAGAGGGUGGUGAUGGCAACAUGGAGCUGGGUACCUGCCAGGAGCUCCUGCACCGAUUGCGGGAGCUAGAGGCAGAGAACUCGGCACUUGCCCAAGCCAACGAAAACCAGCGGGAGACCUAUGAGCGCUGUCUGGACGAGGUUGCCAACCAUGUGGUACAGGCACUGCUGAACCAAAAGGACCUUCGGGAGGAGUGCAUCAAGCUGAAGAAGAGAGUGUUUGACCUCGAACGGCAGAACCAGAUGCUGAGCUCGCUGUUUCAGCAGAAACUCCAGCUCACAGCAGGCUCCCUCCCUCAGAUCCCACUCACCUCACUCCAGCCGCCAUCCGAGCCACCAGCUUCCCCUUCCCUGAGCUCCGCCGAGGGACCGGCUACCUCGCUGCCUCUGGGGCGUUGUGCUGGGCAGAGAGAGGUGUGUUGGGAGCAGCAGCUGCGGCCAGGAGGCCCAGGACCCCCAGCCGCCCCACCCCCAGCGCUGGACGCCCUAUCCCCAUUCCUUCGAAAGAAAGCCCAGAUCCUGGAGGUGCUGAGAGCCCUGGAAGAGACUGACCCCUUGCUUCUCUGCUCACCUGCCACCCCCUGGCGGCCUCCAAGUGAGGGUCCUGGCUCCCCAGAGCCUAUCAAUGGCGAGCUGUGUGGCCCACCUCAGCCUGAACCCUCACCUUGGGCCCCCUACCUGCUACUAGGCCCUGGUAGCCUGGGAGGACUGCUACACUGGGAACACUUCUUGGGGAACCCUGGGGAGGAAGAGGGUGUUGGGCAGCCCUGGGGCCCUAGUAGGGGCUCCCCCCAGGCCCAAGGUGCCAUCUCUGGCCCACCCUGUGUCCCAGGCAGCAGCUCCUCCUCCUCUUCUGAUGAGGCAGGUGACCCCAAUGAGGCACCCAGCCCUGACACCCUGUUCGGGGCCCUGGCUCGCAAACAGUUGAACCUGGGCCAGCUCCUUGAGGACACAGAGUCUUACCUACAGGCCUUCCUGGCUGGGGCUGCAGGCUCAUUCAACGGGGACCACCCAGGUCCCGGACAGCCGUCCUCCCCAGACCAGCGACCCCCACAGCUAUCCAAGUCCAAAGGCCUCCCCAAGUCAGCUUGGGGUGGGGGUACCCCAGAGGUUCACAGGCCAGGCUUUGGUGCUACCUCAGAGGGCCAGGAGCCCCUCCCCUUCCUCAGCAUGUUCAUUGGUGCAGGGGAUGCCCCCCUGGGCCCGCGACCUGGCCAUCCCCUCUCCUCAUCUCAGGUGAAAAGCAAGCUCCAAAUUGGCCCCCCUUCUCCUGGGGAAGCCCAGGGACCCCUUCUGCCCUCUCCAGCCAGAGGUCUCAAGUUCCUAAAGCUGCCUCCAGCCUCAGAAAAGCUCCCCAGCCCAGGAGGCCCCCAGCUAAGCCCUCAGCUCCCCAGGAACUCCCGAAUCCCUUGCAGGAACAGUGGCUCAGAUGGCAGCCCCUCCCCACUGCUGGCCCGAAAAGGCCUGGGUGGAGGAGAGCUAUCUCCAGAAGGGGCACAGGGCCUGCUCACCAGCCCUUCACCCUGCACCACAACCCCGGACUCUGCACAGCUCCGACCUCCCCAGCCAGCUUUGUCCACCACGCUGUCCCCUGGAUCAGUGGUAUCUCCCUGCUAUGAGAAUAUCCUGGACCUUUCCCGGAGCACCUUCAGGGGGCCUUCUCCAGAGCCACCUCCAUCCCCAUUGCAGGUGCCCACCUACCCACAACUAACUCUAGAGGUGCAACAGGCCCCUGAGGUCCUCAGAAGCCCUGGGGCCCCCCUUAGCCCUUGCCUCCCAGAAUCCUGCCCUUAUGGAAGCCCCCAGGAGAAAAGUUUGGAUAAGGCAGGCCUGGAGUCUCCCCAUCCUGGACGCAGGACCCCAGGCAGCUCAGCCAAGAAGCCCAGCCAGGGGGCAGGACGGCGACCUGGAGAUCCUGGCUAUACACCUCUGCGGGACAGACUGGCAGCCCUGGGGAAACUGAAGACUGGCUCUGAGGGGCCCCAGGGCCCAGAGAAGAAUGGGGUGCCAGUCAGGCCUGGCACCGAGAAGGCUCGGGGAGCAGGGAGGUCAGGGGAGACUCCUGGAGACAUGGCACUCUCCAUCUCCAGGCCCCCUGAGCAGCCAGAAGCCAAGGGGGCCCUGCGGGGGGCAGUGGCCUUGGGCACAAGCAGCCUGAAGCAGCAGGAACCUGGGCUCCUGGGGGACCCUGGGGCCCGAGUCUACUCCUCCCACUCCAUGGGGGCUCGGGUGGACCUGGAGCCUGUCUCACCAAGGAGCUGCCUCACCAAAGUGGAGCUGGCCAAGAGCCGGCUGGCAGGGGCCCUGUGCCCCCAGGUACCCCGCACUCCUGCCAAAGUGCCAACCUCAGCCCCCAGCCUGAGCAAGCCCAAUAAGAGCCCCCACGGCAGCCCGACAAAGCUACCUUCCAAGUCACCUACCAAGGUGGUGCCCCGACCUGUGGUCCCGCCAGCCACCAAGGAGCCCCCCAAGCCUGACAAGGGGAAGGGCCCACCUUGGACAGACUGUGGUGGCACCACGGCCCAGCCCACACCCUCAGCACCAGGCCCCACUGACCCAAGCCAGGGCCCUGAGGGGCGUGCCCCACACUCGGCCAUUGAGGAGAAGGUGAUGAAGGGCAUCCAGGAGAAUGUACUGCGGCUCCAGGGCCAGGAGCGGGCACCAGGCACCGAGGCCAAGCACCGUAACACUAGCAGCAUUGCCAGCUGGUUUGGCCUUAAGAAGAGCAAGCUGCCAGCGCUGAACCGCCGCACAGAGGCCACCAAGAGCAAGGAAGGGGCCAGCGGGGGCUCCCCACUGCGGAAGGAGGUCAAGGUGGAAUCGCGGAAGCUGGAGGCAGAGAGCCUCAACAUCUCCAAGCUGAUGGCCAAGGCGGAGGAUUUGCGCCGGGCGCUGGAGGAGGAGAAGGCCUACCUGAGCAGCAGGGCCCGGCCGCGGCCCGGGGCACCGGCACCAGGGCCCAGUGCAGGGCUGGGGCAGGUCCAGGGCCAGCUGGCUGGCAUGUACCAGGGUGCAGACACCUUCAUGCAGCAGCUGCUCAACAGGGUGGAUGGCAAGGAGCUGCCACCCAAGAGCUGGAGGGAGCCCAAACCCGAGUAUGGUGACUUCCAGCCAGUGUCCUCUGACCCCAAGAACCCCUGGCCAGCCUCUGGGCCCCGAAAUGGCCUGGUUGGCCCUCUUCAGAGCUGCGGAAAACCUGGAAAACCAAGCAUGGAGCCAGGAAGGCGAGAAGAGAUGCCCUCAGAGGACAGCCUGACCGAGCCAGUGCCCACCUCACACUUCACAGCCUGUGGCUCCUUGACUCGAACCCUGGACAGUGGCAUUGGGACCUUCCCACCCCCAGACCAUGGCAGCAGUGGGACCCCCAGCAAGAAUCCUCCCAAGACCAAACCACGGCUGGAGCCCCCACCCGGGGGUCCCCCAGCUCGGCCGCCUCCCCUUACCAAAGUCCCUCGCCGCGCCCACACACUGGAGCGUGAGGUGCCCGGCAUAGAGGAGCUGCUGGUGAGUGGGCGGCACCCCAGCAUGCCGGCCUUCCCCGCACUGCUCACUGCUGCUCCGGGCCACCAGGGCCAUCAGACCUGUCCUGACGAUCCCUGUGAAGACCCUGGACCUCCCCCUCCUGUCCAGCUGGCCAAAAACUGGACCUUUCCCAACGCCAGGGCAGCUGGUGGCUCCACUGACCCUUUCCUGUGCCCACCCCGACAAUUGGAGGGGCUGCCCAGGACCCCCAUGGCCCUGCCUGUGGACCGAAAGCGGAGCCUGGAGCCCAGCCGCCCAACCGCUACAACGCCCCAGGGCCCUGCAUUUGGGGGUAGCCGCACUCCCAGCACAUCGGACAUGGGUGAGGAAGGCAGAGUGGCCAGUGGGGGCCCCCCAGGGCUGGAGACCUCAGAGUCUCUCAGCGACUCGCUCUACGACUCCCUCUCCUCCUGCGGGAGUCAGGGCUGAGGAGCUGCACGGCGGCCCCUCUCAGACCACAGAUUGGACCGGCUCUCCUUGGGCCCUGCCCCCUCCAGGCCAGUGGGGCUCCUCCCUGAAGGGACCAAGGGGGCAGAUAGAUAAGAAGGUGAAGGGGGUCCCUGGCACUCCCCACUGCCCACCGCUGCUGUGGAGGAGAUGACCACUCUCAGCUCAGGGAGAGACCCCACCUUUGGUCCCUCCUCUCACCCAGAGUAAGGCUCUUCCUCCGAGGGACUGGGUUUCCAGGUCGCUGUCCCAGCCCUAGCUCCUACUUCAGGCUGAGCCAUCUUGUGGUGCUGGGCUUCCUGCCCGCCAGCUGUGCCAUCUCCGCCCGACCCGGCUGCUCCCUGCCCGAGCCCCCACGGGGCCACCAGAGGCCCUGCGCUGGUGGAGUUUGGAGGCGAGGGGUCAAGUUGCCUUCUCUCUCAUCUGCCCUGAUCCUCCUUGCUAUCUGGAUGGUGCUGCCCUCCCCUGCCCUAUGUCUUUGGAGUCUAUUUGUCUGUCUUUUUUUUUGUUUUUUUAUAUUAAAGCACCUGGCCCACUCCCCACCCCCAUCCCGCACUGCGGUUAAUUUAUCUGUCCUUAUACAUGCGGCUGCUCUGCUUCCAGCCUCUGCUUCUGCGGUAUCCCUAAUAAAACGUGGAGGCCUCUCUGUUCCCCCUA